UCAACCUUUGUUGACAAAGAUUAUAAAUAUGGCGGCGUCCUUGAUGAGAAUUUUUCGGAGGAGUCUGCAGAGCCAGCUUCUGGUGGAGGUGGCCCUGCCGUGGAGGGGCUGCGCGGGGACGGUACCCGCGGCUCCCGGCUGCUGUGCGUGCCGGUUGCUGCACGUCACCGCGGCCGCUUGCAAGAGGCGAAAGACUGCGGAAGAGCGGAAAGCGCCGAAAGUAAUCCAGUAUUCGCCCAAGCCGAAAGUGCAGGCAGAAGUUGUGCACGUGUGGAACAACAUGACGGUUCAGCAGCUCGCCGAGGCACUGCACAAGAACAUCGACCAUGUUUUCGAGGCGAUGGUGUUUGUGGACAACUCCUCGGACUACUCUGAGCCAUACUCGGUCAUUGAUAACCCGCAGGUGAUAAAGGAAAUUGUGAGGAAGUCGGGCAUGAAGUUUCGCUUCACUGUGCCUCCUGAGUUACAGAAGACAGAAGAAGUCAAAAAUAAAGAUGCAGUGAAACGCCCCCCGCCCGACCCCUCAGUGCUCGUGAAGCGGCCACCCGUGGUGACGAUAAUGGGGCACGUGGAUCAUGGCAAAACAACCCUGCUGGACUCGCUCCGCCAUACAUCCGUGGUGCAGUCUGAGUUCGGGGGCAUCACCCAGCACAUUGGGGCUUUCUCAGUGAAGUUGGACUCCGGGGAAGAGAUCACGUUCCUGGACACGCCUGGCCACGCGGCGUUCUCGGCCAUGAGAGCGCGGGGGGCGAGCGUCACAGACCUGGUGGUGCUGGUGGUGGCAGCAGACGACGGAGUCAUGGAGCAGACCGUCGAGUCCAUCCGGAUGGCGAGGGAGGCAAGGGUGCCCAUUGUUGUUGCCAUAAACAAGAUUGACAGACCAGAAGCAGACAUUGAGCGUGCCAAGCGCAUGCUGGUCCAGCACGGCAUUCAGGUGGAGGACGCGGGAGGUGACGUCCAGGUGGUGCCCAUCUCGGCGCUGCACGGCACCAACCUUGACCUCCUCAUGGAGGCGAUCGUGCUGCAGGCGGAGCUCAUGAACCUGCGGGGCGACCCCCGCGGGCCGGUCGAAGGGGUCGUCAUCGAGUCCAAGACGGACCCGUACCGAGGGAAGCUGUCGACGGCGCUGGUGAAGCGCGGCACGCUGCGCAAGGGCUGCGUGCUGGUGUCGGGCCUGGCCUGGGCCAAGGUGCGCGCCAUGUUCAACGAGCGCGGCCAGCACCUGGAGCAAGCACCACCCUCCACGCCCGUCGAGGUCCUGGGCUGGCGAGAGCUGCCCUCUCCCGGCGACGAGCUCCUCGAGGUGGAGUCGGAGAGGCGGGCUCACGAGGUGAUGAGGUGGAGGGAGUCACAACAGCAGGCAAUGAAGAUGGAAGCAGCCAGGGAGGUGGUAGAGAAGAAGGCUCAGGAACACAUGCAAGUUUACAAAGCAAACUUGGAGAAGAAGAGAAUGAUGGGAAGGUAUAAACUGAGGCCAACCGGCCCUCGGAAGAAGGAAUACGAGGAGGACGAUAGCUUACCAAAAGUAGGCGUCAUCGUUAAGGGUGAUGUGGACGGUUCAGUGGAAGCAAUAUUGGAUGUGCUCGAAACUUAUGACUGCAAUGCUGACUGUGAACUGAAUCUGGUUCACUAUGGUGUUGGAAUUGUGUCUGAAACAGAUGUGGAGCUGGCAGAAGCAUUCAAUGCAAUAAUUUAUGCAUUUAAUACCCAGAUACCUGAUAAGAUCAAAUCCCUGGCUAAGAGAAAAGGGGUGACAAUAAAACCUCACAAUGUAAUAUACAGGCUGUUUGAAGACGUAAAGAAAGAAAUCAACUCAAGACUGCCUUUAAAGCCUGUGGAAGAUGUACUAGGAGAGGCAACUGUGCUUCAAGAGUUUCGGAUCACAGAGGGGAAGAAGAAAGUGAGCGUGGCUGGCUGCAGAUGCACCAAGGGCGUGCUCAAGAAGUCGGCUCGCUACAGGGUGCUGCGCGCAGGGGAAGUCAUACACGAAGGCACGCUGGCCUCCAUGCGGCACUUAAAGAACGAAGUGGACUCUGUGAAGAAAGAUGUGGAGUGUGGGUUGCGUUUUGUGGACGACAGUGUCGGCUUUGAGCCAGGUGACGUGCUCCAGUGCUACAGCGUGAGGCACAUAGAGCAAGAGACUCGCUGGGACCCGGGCUUCUGAACACUGUCCUUAGUGUGUGCACCAUAGACUGAGCCAUCCAAGCUGUAUUAAUGAAUUAUUCUGUCAUAAAUAACAUAAGUUAUUAUGUCAUAAAUAACAUAAGUUAUUAUGUUAGCAUAUUGAUAUGGCUGUGCAAAUAUUCCAAAAAUAAAUUUUGGUUUUGAUUUAGCAAAAAAAUUUUGGUUGCCAAUAGUUUUAAUGACUAAUUAUAAAAAUUAAUUUAAAUUAACAUUAAAGGUUUUAUUAAAAAAAAAA